AUGUCUUCUGGAAGCUCUUCCGUGGCCCAACCCGAAAAAUGCAAUGACAUUAACGUGGCUGUGGAGGAGUCCAGGGAGAAGGCAACGGAGAACAACAAUUCGGGACUAGGGUCUGAUCCUCAGGAAGUUAUGUCUGAAAGGAGGAGUGAGAACCCUAGUCGCGGAUAUAGUGCUGUCCCAACAGAAAACGGCAUCAUGCAGCGUUACACAUCAGAAACUAAUAAGAUAUUCACUUGUCGCUUUUGCAAUAAACGGUUCUCAGCCUCUCAAAGCCUAGGUGGUCACAUGAACGCGCACAAGAGGGAGCUACAAUGGGAAAGGAAGCGGAAGGAGAUGGAACAGAUGGAACAAGAGUUCCAUUUUCAGUGGAUGUUAAGUCAAUAUUCACAAGGUGAUUUAUCAAAUGAUAAUAAUCUUGGGAUCACUUCUGAACCUUUCAAACGCAUAUGUACCGGCCUUUACCCAUCUUUCAAUAGCGGACUCAUGGACAUGAAUAUGACCGUAGUUCCUCGCAUGGCUCCUACUGGUUUCUUCUCAGGGAACACUUUCACUAACGGGUUCUUUUCAGGGGGACUUGAGCCAAUGCACUCCUACAACAACUAUCCCCCGAUGCUCCCUAGAAACGUUCCUCCUUUUCCUCCACAUAGGACUCCCAAUCUUCCUAGCUAUUGGUAUCCGCAAGAGAAUGUAUUGAACGAGGAGGAUGUCAUCUUAAAGCUAGGAAAUGACAAUAUUGUGGAGAUUGAUGAUGACGAUGCUGUUGAUCAGCCAGAAGAAGGGACUUCUAAGAGCUGGGGCGCUGAUCUAUCCCUUUAA